AUCAGACAGGGAAAUUUUCUUUCCUCUGAAAUACAGUUCGGUAAAAAAGAAUUAAAAAAAGGUUCCCUAGUUAAAGGAGAAGUAAGGUGGUUGUUUAUUAAAAUGUACAAAAGAGUAAAACUAAAGCUGGGCACUUCAGUAUUAUUACUAGCUCUUCUCGCUGCGUUGCUUCAAGAAGGAAUACAAACAGUCAGUGCAUUUGGGUAUACUUUGGAAAAGACAUUUGAAACAGAAGUCGAUAGCCUUGUACAACUUGAAAAUCAACGAUCUUUAAGAAGCCUGGAGGAUGCGUCAUCGCCACUAAAACCGGAACAGGCAUCAUCCCUGGCACCAGAUUCAGGAGUAAACAAGGCUUUUUUGCUGGAAGCCAUUGACAGUAUCCUGCGGAAACGUGGCUAUUCGGCUAAUACCGACCAUUGCUUCAGAUAUCUAGUGCAACUACACCAGAACUGUGACGAUAACAAUUCUAUUUACACUAAAAGAGGCUGUGUAACCGAGUGUAUACCAAGACUAACAGGAGGUCUUUGUUACAAACUAUGGGAGCCGGAGGAAUUUGGAGAAGUCAAUGUUAAAACUGAAAAGCGCUGGUAUUUCAAAUCUGAUACUCGCUCGUGCUUACAGUUUGAUUACGGAGGUUGUCUCGGAAACGAAAAUAGAUAUGCCACUCUGAAAGACUGUCUAGCGGAGAACAACUUAAAAGGAUCUAUCUUCGGCGAUGAAGCCAUUGGUGGCUUCAAAUUUACAGAACCGAUAAAGGGGGCGAUAAAGAGUUAUGCAACUUGCUCAGUCUUUGGAAACGCAUACUUCAACACCUUUGAUAACGUGACGUAUGCCUUUCACGGCAAAUGCGAUUACACCCUGGUUCAAUUGGAGAAUAAUCCCGACUAUUUGAAAGUAGUCUUAAAAAAUGAUUUUGGAUGCGACCCCACGUUAGCGUGUCAGAAGUCCGUGCUUCUUUUCGCUCACGGCGUCAGCGUUGAACUUGGACCUAAGAAAGGUGGAAAGUUUGAUGUCAAAGUUGGAGGCUCUCCAGUCUCAUUUCCGUACAGAGAUCCGACUGAAGCAGUACACAUUCAAGCUCAAUUUCCAUUCAAAGGUGCAGAGCAUCAUAUCCUUGUAACCACAAAAGAUAGGGUCACAGUCAUAUGGGACGGAGAAAGGUCAGUAGACAUCCGCCUGCCAGAGGCAGUCAGGUCAAAGUGGGACACGUCUGGGCUGUGUGGAAGUUUCAAUGACGACGACUCUGACGAUCUGAAAUCCAAUACAAAAAAGUUAAUGAAAAAGGUGUACGACUUCGCUAAUAGUUUCAUAUACUCCCCUGGCAACACCCUGUGUAAGUCAGAUGAAAUUACGAUAGGGGACACCUGUGAUGAAAACGAGUCUGAGGCGGGGAAGUUGUGCUCAAUUCUGGACACUAAAGACUUCGAGGCCUGCCAUAGCGUGGUGGAUCCUGAAAUCUUCAAAAAAAUGUGCAUAUUAGACGUCUGCGCUACUGCCGUCAAAGCACCUCUCUUAGUCGAUGAGACAAGAUGUGCGAUGUUGUCCCUCUACAGUCGACAGUGCAGUUGGAAUAACACAGAAUUGAACUGGAGAUCAGAGAACCUCUGUCAAAAAACCUGUCCAGCAACUAUGGAGUACAGCGAAUGUGCCAGUGGAUGUCCUAGAACAUGCAAAAAUGUGGACAUACUAAAAUGCUCCGCUAAAUGCCUGCCAGGUUGCACUUGUCCCGCUGAGAUGUGGCACGACGGAGAGAAGUGCGUGAAGCAGUCUCAAUGCUCCUGUUACCACGAUAACACACGUUAUGAACACGGAGACUUUCGUUACGAAGAUUGCGAAGCCUGCAAGUGCGAAGGAGGAAAGUGGACUUGUUUUUCCAUUCCUUGUAGAGGUGAAUGUACCAUUCUGGGAAGUACCAAUAUCAAGACGUUUGAUGGCCAAAGGUACAGGGUUUUCCCAAUGGAUUGUGAGUUUCAUUUGCUGCGACACUGUCACAACGAACAAUCUGAAUUUGAUAUCAGAAUAAAAAACACUGAUUGCGAGGAAACCAUCGUGCGUCCGUUCUGCAAUAGUCAAGACAUAGAUGUUAUUUUUGGUGAAAAUAAAACAGCUAUAAAAAUUGUCAGGAAACUCAAAUCGGAUCCCCAAAUCUUUGUAACCCACGGUUCCUUGGAUGAAGAUAUGUCCGUGGAAAACGUUGGUGGAAAGAGUGUAGUGUUGUCCACUCGCUAUUUUCAAAUGACCGCAACCGAUCAAAACCUUUUUUUAUCCGUGUCUCCUGAUCUACAAAGUCAGACAUGUGGUCUGUGCGGUACAUUCAACGGAAACGGCAACGAUGAUUUCCGCAAACCCGACAAGGGGGAAGCCGCCACACCGAACGAGUUCUUAAAGAAAUGGUUGAACUUCUACGAUGAAAAUUCAGAUAAAUGCAUGGAAAAUCAACUGGGAGACGACCCUGCCCUCGCUAGUCCCACACAGUUGGAUUAUUGCAGACGGAAUUAUGAGCUUGAACCUGCGGCCGAAAAGCACGCCUCUAUUCUAAUUAACGGAGACAGUCCGUUUCAAGCCUGCUGGUCAGAGGUGCCAAAAGAAGUUUUUUACGAAAAUGCCGUAGAAGCUUAUUGUAGGCACUCUGUUAGUCUAUGCGACGUCAUAGCCGGGUACGCCAAAGCUUGCGGAGAUAAAGGUGUUGUGGUGCUCAAAUGGAGGCAACGAAGAGAGGUCAUAGAUCUAUGUCAAGAGCCGAGUUGUCCAAGUGAUCAAGAGUUCAGAUACUGUGAUGCAACUUGCCCGCAGACAUGUGGGGAUCUUAAAAACAAACAAGCUUGCCAGAAUCGUGGAUGCAUAGAAGGUUGCUUUUGUAAAAAGAACGGCACGGUUCUGAGGGGAAACGAGUGUAUUGAAGAAGAUGAAUGUGCAGAACAUCCGGUUGAGUGUGAAGCCGAGGAUCAGGUGUACAAUUCAUUUGGACGUACUUGUUUGGGUUUGGAAUAUGGUGUUCCGGUGGAUAACAAACCUGGAUGCCACUGCAAGGAUGGUCUUUACUGGAAUGAAUACAAAAAGAAGUGCGUCCAGAAGGACCAAUGUGGAUGCAUCCACGAAAAUGAAUAUUACGAAAAAGGCGAACCUUCACCAUUGGAAUGUUCAACCAAAUGUUCUGGCGCACGAACAUGGAUUCCUCAGCCUGAUGUUGAUCCACUACCUGAAUACGAAUGCGCUGCGUUCGGUCAGGAGCAUUACCGAACAUUUGACGGCAGAUGGAUCAGAUUUAGUAGCCUCGAACUCUGCGAAUACCAACUCAUGCUGAUAAAGGGCACCAAAAAUACGGUCAGCGUUGCAAACGAGCCAUGCGUGGACUCACUAGAGCUGCAAAUGUGUAAGAAAGUAGUGAUUGAAACAGGAGAAGGAUCAAUCGAACUCUUUCAGAGGACUAUAAAAAUCGAAACCGAAGACUCGUCUACACAAUAUGUACCUGGGACCUACCCUGAACCAUGCACCAGAAGUGUGUUAGACAAUGCAGAGAUUUUCAGCAUGGGAUUAUUUAUCAUCGUGCGGGUGUUCAACCCGAACGAGCCUUUCAAACCCUUGUUUGAGGUGAAAUUCGACAAAGGUAACCGAGUCUACAUUACCCCCAAUUACAAGUUUAAAAAUCAAGAUAAACUCGUUGGAAUUUGCGGUAACUUUAACGGAAAGGAUGGGGAUGACGUUAUGUUACGGAAUUACGAACCCGCGAAAACCCCUAAAGAAUUUGGUGAUAGUUGGAGGAGUAGCGCUGACCCUGUAUGCGAAAAUAGUGUAAGCACCGAUUAUUGGCAACAGUGCGUAAAUAACACUGACCGAUUGAGUUGGGCAGUAAAAGGAUGUGGAAUGCUCAUGUCGGACAAGAACUUUUCCGCCUGUCACGCGGUUGUUCCACCACAGGCAUAUUAUGACGCCUGUAUUCACGAAACAUGUUUGUGCAACAAAGGAGGCGACUGUGCAUGCUACUGUGCGGCUAUUGCCACCUAUGUGAGAGCUUGUAAUCAGCAUGGAAUCUCAAUCACGUGGCGUCGAGAAGGAUUUUGUGAGCUUCCUUGUUGCCGACCCUGCGCAAACAGUGGUGGAUAUGAAGCAAACAUUACCAUUCCUUCUGCUUGCGAAAUAAAUGACGAAUGUCCUGUAGCGAACGAAAGAUGCUGUCGUGGAACAAGAGUUGAGGGUUGUUCAUGUCCUAAUGGGACAUACUUCAAUGGAAAGAAAUGCGUUGAGCAGAAGGGUGAUUGCGACCGGCCUUGUACGUCCACCAGUAGUUCAUCUAUGUCAAGUACAAGCGUAUCUACGUCGAGUUCAAUUUCCACUUCGUCAUCAAUAUCAUUAAGUUCAAUCUCCACUUCGUCUUCAAUAUCAUCAAGUGUGUCCACUUCAAGUUCGAUUUCGACAUCUUCAUCAGCAUCCUCAUCCUCGUCUGUAUCAACUUCUUCAAGUGCAUCAACUUCAAGUUCGGUUUCCACGUCCUCUUCAGUGUCAACGUCUUCAAGCAGCCCACAAAGCUCUACAUACUCCACAUCAUCACUUUCCACCAGUGCGUCUUCUACAACUGUCUCCACCUCACUGUCAUCAGGAAGUACAAGCAUUUCUUCGUCAAGCCUAUCUUCAUCAAGUGUCUCCUCAUCAUCACCGUCGUCAUCAAGUACUUCAAUAUCGUCAUCAGUGUCGACAUCUUCGAGUUUAUCAACCUCGUCAUCAGUGUCGACAUCUUCGAGUUUAUCAACCUCGUCGUCAGUGUCGACAUCUUCGAGUGUAUCAACCUCGUCGUCAGUGUCGACAUCUUCGAGUGUAUCAACCUCGUCGUCAGAGUCGACAUCUUCGAGUGUAUCAACCUCGUCGUCAGUGUCGACAUCUUCGAGUGUAUCAACCUCGUCGCCAGUGUCGACAUCUUCGAGUGUAUCAACCUCGUCGUCAGUGUCGACAUCUUCGAGUGUAUCAACCUCGUCAAGUGUAUCCACCUCAAGUCCUCUCUCUACCCAGAAAUCUCAGACAGAAUCAAAGGUGUCAACGAGGUUUCCCUCAACGUACACUUUUUCGAAAUCCUCCGAAACAGUUUUUUCAUUGUAUUCCAGUGUAUCAACCUCGUCGUCAGUGUCGACAUCUUCGAGUGUUUCAACCUCGUCGUCAGUGUCAACGUCAUCGAGUGUUUCAACAUCUUCGUCAAUAUCAACGUCAUCAAGUAUCUCAACAUCAUCAUCGGCGUCAACUUCAUCCAGUGCUUCGACAUCUUCAUCAGCGUCAACGUCGUCGAGUGUGUCCACGCCAACCACAACAAGUGAGACUUAUACAACAUCCUCGAGUGUGUCAACCUCCUCAAGUGUGUCAACAUCAAGUUCAGCAUCGACAUCAUCAAGUGUGUCGACCUCGUCAAGCGUGUCAACGUCUAGUUCUUUGUCAUCAUCGGCGUCAACGUCCUCGAGUAUUUCAACACCAACCACGACCAGUGUCUCUACAUCAAGUUCUGUGUCGACGUCAUCGAGCAUUUCGACAUCAUCGUCUGUGUCAACAUCAUCAAGUGCUUCAACCUCGUCAUCAGUGUCGACAUCGUCAAGUGCUUCAACAUCGUCGUCUGCAUCAACAUCAUCAAGUGCUUCAACAUCGUCGUCAGCAUCAACAUCAUCAAGUGCUUCAUCAUCGUCGUCAGUGUCGACAUCAUCAAGCGCUUCAACUUCCUCUUCGGUAUCGACAUCAUCUAGCGCUUCAACAUCUUCAUCAAUUUCCACGUCAUCAAGCGCUUCAACAUCGUCAUCAAUUUCCACGUCAUCGAGCAUUUCGACAUCAUCAUCGGCAUCAACAUCAAAAUCUUCAAGUGCAUCAACGUCUUCGUCAGUGUCCACAUCAUCUUCUGUUUCUACACCAACUACAACCAGUGUGUCAACAUCAAGUUCUGCGUCAUCUUCGUCAAGUGUGUCAACCUCAUCAAGUUUCUCUACAACAAGUUCCGUAUCCACAUCAUCGUCAAUUUCAACAUCAUCUAGUGCAUCUACUUCUUCAAGUGUCUCUACAUCAAGUUCUGUGUCAACGUCAUCAAGUGCCUCAUCUUCGUCAUCCAUAUCGACAUCAUCAAGUAUUUCAACAUCGUCGUCAAUUUCUACAUCAUCAAGUAUUUCAACGUCAUCGUCCGCAUCAACAUCAUCAAGCGCUUCAACAUCAUCGUCAGUGUCAACAUCAUCAUCUGUUUCGACACCAACUACGACGAGUGCGUCUACUUCAAGUUCUUCAAGCGUGUCAACUUCCUCAAGUGUGUCAACAACAAGUUCAGCAUCAACAUCGUCGAGUGUGUCAACCUCGUCAAGUGUGUCAACAUCUAGUUCUGUUUCAACAUCGUCCUCCGUGUCAACAAGCGCCUCAACAUCAUCAUCAGUGUCGACAUCAUCAAGCGCCUCAACCUCAUCAUCAGCAUCGACAUCGUCAAGUGCCUCAACUUCGUCGUCAGUAUCGACAUCAUCAAGUAUUUCAACAUCGUCGUCAAUUUCGACGUCAUCGAGCAUUUCGACAUCGUCAUCGGCAUCAACAUCAUCAAGCGCUUCGACAUCAUCGUCAGUGUCGACAUCGUCAUCUGUUUCCACGCCAACUACAACGAGUGUGUCUACUUCAAGUUCAUCAAGUGUGUCCACCUCCUCAAGUGCGUCGACGUCAAGCUCUGCGUCAACUUCUUCAAGUGUGUCAACCUCAUCAAGCGCUUCAACAUCUAGUUCUGCGUCAACAUCAUCAUCGUCGACGUCAUCCAGUGUUUCAACACCAACUACAACGAGUGUCUCUACAUCGACUUCUGCGUCUACGUCAUCGUCAAUUUCAACAUCGUCUAGUGCAUCCACUUCUUCAAGUGUCUCGACGUCAAGUUCGGCGUCAACAUCAUCUAGUGCUUCGACAUCGUCGUCAGUUUCAACAUCGUCGAGCGCUUCAACAUCGUCUUCGGCAUCGACGUCGUCUAGUGCUUCAACAUCGUCUUCGGCAUCGACAUCGUCGAGUGCUUCAACAUCAUCAAGUGCUUCAACAUCGUCUUCGGCAUCGACGUCGUCAAGUGCUUCAACAUCGUCGUCAGCAUCAACAUCGUCGAGUGGUUCAACAUCAUCAAGUGCUUCAACAUCGUCGUCAGUGUCAACAUCAUCAAGUGCUUCGACAUCGUCUUCGGCAUCGACGUCGUCGAGUGCUUCAACAUCAUCGUCGGCAUCGACAUCGUCAAGUGCUUCAACAUCAUCGAGUGCUUCAACAUCGUCGUCAGUCUCGACAUCAUCAAGUGUCUCAACGUCCUCGUCAAUUUCGACCUCAUCAAGCAUUUCGACAUCAUCUUCGGUAUCAACUUCAUCAAGAACUUCAACAUCGUCAUCAGUGUCGACCUCAUCUUCUGUUUCGACACCAACUACAACAAGUGUGUCUACUUCAAGUUCAUCCAGUGUGUCAACUUCUUCAAGCGUGUCGACCUCAAGUUCUGCGUCAACUUCGUCAAGUGUGUCAACAUCGUCAAGUGCGUCAACUUCAAGUUCUGUGUCCACGUCAUCAUCGGUAUCGACAUCAUCAAGUGUUUCAACACCAACUGUUUCUACAUCCAGUUCUGCGUCCACAUCAUCAUCAAUCUCUACAUCUUCAUCAGCGUCCACAUCGUCAAGUGCAUCAACGUCGUCGUCAGCGUCGACGUCAUCAAGUGCAUCAACCUCGUCCUCUUUGUCGACAUCAUCGAGUGUCUCAACAUCGUCGUCAAUUUCGACUUCAUCGAGCAUUUCAACAUCGUCUUCGGCAUCCACAUCAUCAAGCGCCUCAACAUCAUCAUCAGUGUCGACAUCAUCUUCAGUCUCAACACCAACUACAACGAGUGUUUCCACUUCAAGUUCAUCAAGUGUGUCAACUUCCUCAAGUGUGUCCACAUCAAGUUCUGCGUCAACUUCGUCAAGUGUCUCAACAUCGUCUAGCGCUUCCACUUCAAGCUCUGCGUCAACAUCAUCAUCGGCGUCAACGUCAUCGAGUGUUUCGACUCCAACAACAACCAGUGUGUCUACAUCAAGUUCUGCAUCAACAUCAUCAAGUGCUUCGACCUCGUCGUCAGUGUCGACAUCAUCAAGUGCUUCGACGUCAUCGUCAAUAUCAACUUCAUCAAGUGUAUCAACAUCGUCGUCAGUGUCGACAUCAUCAAGUGCUUCAACAUCGUCGUCAUUGUCAACAUCGUCGAGCGCUUCAACAUCAUUGUCAGUGUCUACUUCAUCGAGUGUGUCAACAUCGUCGUCAAUUUCGACCUCAUCGAGCAUUUCAACAUCGUCGUCUGCAUCAACUUCAUCCAGUGCUUCAACAUCAUCAUCAGUGUCUACAUCAUCAAGUGCGUCCACAUCAUCGUCAGUGUCGACAUCAUCUUCUGCUUCGACACCAACUACGACGAGUGUGUCUACUUCAAGUUCGUCAAGUGGGUCAACUUCAUCAAGUGUGUCGACAUCAAGUUCAGCUUCCACCUCGUCAAGUGUCUCAACUUCGUCAAGUGCUUCAACUUCAAGUUCGGUGUCAACAUCUUCCUCGGUGUCGACGUCAUCGAGUGUUUCAACACCAACGACGACCAGUGUUUCUACAUCAAGUUCUGCGUCCACAUCAUCAUCAUCAAUUUCAACAUCAUCAUCAGCGUCCACAUCGUCAAGUGCCUCAACGUCGUCGUCAGCGUCGACGUCAUCAAGUGCUUCAACAUCGUCCUCAGUGUCGACAUCAUCGAGUGUCUCAACAUCGUCGUCAGUCUCGACUUCAUCGAGUGUCUCAACGUCGUCGUCUGCAUCAACUUCAUCGUCUGCAUCAACUUCAUCAAGCGCCUCAACAUCAUCAUCAUCAGUGUCGACAUCAUCUUCGGUCUCAACACCAACUACAACGAGUGUGUCAACUUCAACUUCAUCAAGUGUGUCAACUUCCUCAAGUGUGUCCACAUCAAGUUCUGCAUCAACCUCCUCAAGUGUCUCAACAUCGUCAAGUGCUUCAACCUCAAGUUCAGCGUCAACAUCAUCAUCGGCGUCUACGUCAUCGAGUGUUUCAACACCAACAACAACGAGUGUCUCUACAUCAAGUUCUGCAUCAACAUCAUCUAGCGCUUCUACAUCGUCGUCAGUGUCUACAUCAUCAAGUGUCUCGACAUCUUCAUCAAUCUCGACCUCAUCGAGCAUUUCCACAUCGUCGUCGGCAUCAACAUCAUCCAGCGCUUCAACGUCGUCCUCAGUUUCGACUUCAUCAAGUGUAUCAACAUCGUCAUCAGCGUCGACCUCAUCAAGUGUGUCAACUUCGUCGUCAAUUUCGACCUCAUCGAGCAUUUCAACAUCAUCGUCGGCAUCAACUUCAUCAAGCGCUUCUACAUCGACGUCAGUGUCGACAUCAUCAAGUGUCUCGACAUCUUCGUCAAUUUCGACCUCAUCGAGCAUUUCCACAUCGUCUUCGGCAUCAACAUCAUCGAGCGCUUCAACCUCAUCGUCAGUGUCAACAUCAUCAAGUGCUUCAACUUCAUCAUCAGUUUCCACGUCUUCUAGCGCUUCAACAUCGUCCUCAGUUUCGACUUCAUCGAGCAUUUCGACAUCAUCGUCAGUGUCUACAUCAUCUUCUAUUUCGACACCAACUACAACGAGUGUGUCUACUUCAAGUUCGUCGAGUGUGUCAACUUCAUCAAGUGUGUCAACAUCAAGUUCAGCCUCCACCUCGUCAAGUGUCUCAACUUCGUCAAGUGCUUCAACUUCAAGUUCGGUGUCAACAUCUUCCUCGGUGUCGACGUCAUCGAGUGUUUCAACACCAACGACGACCAGUGUUUCUACAUCCAGUUCUGCGUCCAAAUCGUCAUCAAUCUCAACAUCUUCAUCUGUAUCCACAUCGUCAAGUGCCUCAACAUCUUCGUCGGUGUCAACAUCAUCCUCAGCAUCGACGUCAUCAAGUGCCUCGACGUCUUCGUCAGCAUCAACAUCAUCAAGUGCUUCAACUUCUUCAUCAGCGUCGACAUCUUCAAGUGCUUCAACAUCUUCGUCAGUGUCGACAUCAUCUAGUGCUUCAACAUCAUCAUCAGUGUCGACUUCAUCAAGUGUCUCAACAUCAUCGUCAAUUUCGACUUCAUCAAGCAUUUCGACAUCGUCGUCUGCAUCAACUUCAUCAAGCGCUUCAACUUCAUCAUCAGUGUCGACAUCAUCUUCGGUCUCAACACCAACUACAACGAGUGUGUCUACUUCAAGUUCAUCAAGUGUGUCAACUUCCUCAAGUGUGUCCACAUCAAGUUCAGCAUCAACCUCUUCAAGUGUCUCAACAUCGUCAAGCGCUUCCACUUCAAGUUCAGCGUCAACAUCAUCAUCGUCAUCCAGUGUUUCAACUCCAACAACAACAAGUGUCUCUACAUCAAGUUCUGUAACAACAUCAUCAAGUGCUUCAACGUCGUCGUCAGUAUCGACAUCAUCAAGUGUAUCAACAUCGUCGUCAGUAUCGACAUCAUCAAGUGCUUCAACAUCAUCGUCGGCAUCAACUUCAUCUAGCGCUUCAACAUCAUCAUCAGUGUCGACAUCAUCUUCUGUCUCGACACCAACUACAACGAGUGUGUCUACUUCAAGUUCAUCAAGUGUGUCAACUUCCUCAAGUGUGUCCACAUCAAGUUCUGCAUCAACCUCGUCAAGCGUCUCAACAUCUUCAAGUGCUUCAACCUCAAGUUCAGCGUCAACAUCAUCAUCGGCGUCCAUGUCAUCGAGUGUUUCAACACCAACAACAACGAGUGUCUCUACAUCAAGUUCUGCAUCGACAUCAUCAUCUAGUGCUUCUACAUCGUCGUCAGUGUCGACAUCAUCAAGUGUCUCGACAUCUUCGUCAAUUUCGACCUCAUCGAGCAUUUCCACGUCGUCUUCGGCAUCAAAAUCAUCGAGCGCUUCAACCUCGUCGUCAGUGUCAACAUCAUCAAGUGUAUCAACAUCGUCAUCAGCGUCGACAUCAUCAAGUGCUUCUACAUCAUCGUCAGUGUCGACUUCAUCAAGUGUGUCAACCUCAUCGUCAAUCUCGACUUCAUCGAGUAUUUCGACAUCAUCAUCGGCAUCAACUUCAUCAAGCGCCUCAACAUCAUCGUCAGUGUCGACAUCAUCUUCUGUUUCGACACCAACUACGACGAGUGUGUCCACGUCAAGUUCAUCAAGUGUGUCAACUUCCUCAAGUGUAUCGACUUCAAGUUCUGCAUCAACCUCAUCAAGUGUGUCAACCUCUUCAAGCGCUUCAACUUCAAGUUCUGUGUCAACAUCAUCAUCGGCGUCGACGUCAUCGAGUGUUUCGACACCAACAACGACAAGUGCCUCUACAUCCAGUUCUGCUUCGACGUCUUCGAGUGUUUCAACUUCGUCGUCGGUGUCAACUUCAAGCUCUGCUUCGACAUCGAGCUCAGUGUCGACGUCCAGCUCUGCUUCGACAUCCAGCUCAGCUUCGACAUCCAGCUCUGCCUCGACAUCAAGUUCAGCAUCCACAUCUAGCUCUGUCUCGACAUCGAGCUCAGUGUCGACGUCCAGCUCUGCUUCGACAUCCAGCUCAGCUUCGACAUCCAGCUCUGCCUCGACAUCAAGUUCAGCAUCCACAUCUAGCUCUGUCUCGACAUCAAGUUCUUUGUCGACUUCAUCAUCAGUCUCAAGUUCAUCGAGCCUGUCGACCUCGUCAAGUAAAACGCCGACCUCAACUUCUCUCAGUACGUCAUCAAGCUCGAGUCUUAGCUCCUCAAUUUCUUCUUCAAUCUCACCGACUACAUCCUCGUCAGUUUCGACAUCUGUCUCAAGUAGUUCGAUCUGUCCGAUUUGUGUAUACACAAAUAGAUUCAAUGAAACUGAAAAGCAUCACGAGGGAGAAACCUGGACGGAUGGGCCUUGCAAGACUGUCAAAUGUAAAAUGGUUUUUAAUGAUUGCUUUGAAAACAACCAAGUCGCUCAAAUAGAAGUCUACAUAAAGGAAUGUUCUGAGUGUCCUAAGGGAUACGAACGACCACCAUCAGAGGAUCAAUGCUGUCCACAGUGCGUAAAAACGGAAGACGAUGAGAACAUCUGCAAACUCCGCCAUAGGGCGCCAAGUAUCCUUAAAUUCCCUGACGGCUGUGAAUCAGAAUCCGAGGUUAGUCUCACUGAAUGCAGAGGUAAUUGUGAGUCGAGCACUAUCGCAAAAACUCUGCCAGAAGGCUAUGGAAGUAAAAACUGCAAGUGUUGCAAGCCGUCUAAUAAUACCAUUGUGACAAUCAAUUUGAUCUGCAAAAAUGGAAAUGAAAUAACGAAAAAAACGGCCGACUUGGAUAUCAUCACGGAAUGCGGAUGCGGGAGACAGGCAUGCGAAUCAACACCUUCACACGCAAAUGAAGUAUUUGUGAACCAAAAUGGUGAGAUCAUGGAAAUGAAGAAGAAGCGCCGUCGCCGUGCCUUGUCGCGUCUCUUUGCCCUUCCUCCGUAACGAAAAGUAACAAGGGACAUAUAUUCACUGAUAGUGUAGAAAAGAGAUAAAUUGUGGGCUGAAAAGGAGAAAAAAGGAUAACAGAAAUGUCAAUGGAGUUGAAGGGAACGAUGGGAUAUUUAUGUGUACGAGUAAUUCUCUAAAGGGACUGGCUUUCUUGAAAUAAACUUCACUGAAAGGGA